AUGGGUUCUCUAACUGACAUAACUACAGCCUUAUUAAAGACCUCUUUAAACCAUUGUAUCAAUUAUACGUUUUUCAAGAAUGCAAAUUCUUCUUCAGCAAUUCUAUUCAUUCAUGGAUUAGGUUCGUCUCAAAAUUUUUAUUAUUCAAUUGCCAAAAAACUAUCCCAUCAGAACAACCAUUCUUGUAUUAUAUUUGACAACUUUGGUGCUUCUUCAUCCUCCAGUAAUCUUGAUUUUGAAAACAUUUCACAAGAUUUAACAGUCGAAAGUAUCAAACAAGAUGUAGUUGAUUUACUUCUGCAUUUGAAAAUAAAAAAAGUUAUAUUGGCUGGUCACUCAAUGGGUGGUAUGUCUGUCAAUUAUAUAACUGCAACCACUCCAAACCUUGAUAUUGUUGGCAAUAUUCUUGUUAAUCCUGUUCAUCCAACGCCAAAAUUGAAAGAGAUUUUUGAUUCGAGAAUCAACACUUUGUUAAAAACAAACGACAUUUCGUCCAUUGCUAAUGGUGUUGCAGAAAAUGCUGUUGGUUCAAAUUGUCUGGAUAUUGUUAAAGCCUUUAUUAGAGAUUUGGUUUCAAGACAAACUAUUAAAGGUUACAUUUUAAAUUGCAAAAUUAUUUCUCAUGCAGCCACAUUGACUACACAAUACAUCAAUUAUUAUAAGCAAAUCAAAACACCAACUUUAAUAAUUGCAGGAAAAGAAGAUUUGACUGCUCCUUGGAGUGGUUGCGUUGAAGUUAUUGCUCAAAAUUUAGGAUCUGAAACGAUUAGUGUUAAGCAAUUAGAGGGUGUUGGUCAUUGGGCUGCUGUUGAAAGUGAUGAGAAAGUAUACAAAUUAAUUUCUGAUUUUGUCCCCAAUGAUUUUUAA